AGAUCAUUCUUCACCAUGGCGAAAAUCAAGAAGAAGGGUACCUCUGGCCAGGCCAAAAACUAUAUUACUCGUACCCAGGCCGUGCGCAAACUUCAGAUCUCUCUGCCCGAUUUCCGUCGGCUUUGCAUUUUCAAGGGAAUCUACCCCCGUGAGCCCCGAAACAAGAAGAAGGCUUCCAAGACCGCGACCCCGAACACUACUUUCUACUACACCAAGGACAUCCAGUACUUGUUGCACGAGCCCCUGCUCAACAAGUUCCGUGAUCAGAAGGCUCUUGCAAAGAAGAUUGCCCGCUCGCUCGGUCGUGGCGAAGUCAGCGACGCUGCGCGCCUCGAGAAGAACCAUGCCCCGAAACUUACCCUGGACCAUGUCAUCAAGGAGCGCUACCCAACCUUUAUCGAUGCGCUUCGUGAUCUCGACGAUGCCCUGUCUCUGCUCUUCCUGUUCGCUACCCUCCCCUCGACCACCCAUGUUCCCGCCAAGACCGUUGCGCUCUGCCAGCGCGUCUGCCACGAGUUCCAGCACUACCUGAUCGUCACCAACUCGCUGCGCAAGUCGUUCCUUUCAAUCAAGGGUAUCUAUUACCAGGCUACCAUUCAAGGCCAGGACAUCAUGUGGCUGGUGCCAUACCGUUUCGUGCAGCGCGUUAACGGUGAUGUCGACUACCGCAUCAUGGCCACUUUCGUGGACUUCUACACAACCCUUCUCGGCUUUGUCAACUUCCGUCUGUACUCCUCGAUUGGAUUGAGAUAUCCUCCCAAGUUUGACACCCGUAGCGACGAGAACGGUGCUGAGUUGGCCGCCUUCACUCUUGAGGGCCGGACAGUGGGUGAAAAGCCCAAGGCCAUUGAGUCCAAGAAGGCCCAGACGAACGGUAGUAACAAAGAGGUUUCCCGCGAUCUUCAAGCCAAGGUGGACAAAGUGAUCAAGUCGGCCGGUCUGGAUCAGACAAAUGACGAGCAGGCAAUGGACACGACUGAGGAGGCAACCGAUGCCAUCGACAAGUUCGAGCCCGCUGCUCCCGAAGCCGACACUCUGCCCCAGCCUGAUAUGAGCGGCAACGAGGCUGGUGCGCUCUUCGCCCCAUUCGUGUUCUACAUUUCCCGUGAGGCCCCCAAGGCACCCCUCGAGUUUAUCCUACAUGCUUUCGGCUGCAAGCGCAUCGGCUGGGAUGCCGUUUUGGGUGGUGGAGCCUACACUCAUGACGAGACCGACCCUCGGAUCACUCACCAGAUUGUCGAUCGUCCUCAGCUUCCCCAGGAGUCCCUUCCUACUAUUCCCGCUGCGGAUGAUGCUGCCCAGAAAGUUAAGCCUGGUACCCGGAUCCCGGGUCGUACAUAUGUCCAGCCCCAGUGGGUGUGGGAUUGUGUCAACGACGGAAAGCUCCUCCGAGCUGACCUGUACGCCCCUGGUGCCACCCUCCCGCCUCAUUUGAGUCCUUGGGUGAAACCCUCGCGUGGUGGUUACGACCCGCGCGCCACCCUGGCUGAGCAGGAAGAUGAAGGUGAGGCUGAGAUGGCCGAGGACGCCGAGGACAGCGAUGAAGAGAUGGAGGACGAGGCUCCGGCUGACGAGAAGGCCGCCGCCGAGGAAGAGUCCGAGGAUGAGUCCGUCGACGGAGGCAUGGAUGUUGCCGGAACCGACGACGAUGAGAGCGCCAGCGAAGAGGAAGAGGAAGAGGACGAAGACUUCGAUGGCUUGGAGGAGAACGAAGCCGCCACCGAGUCCGAUGAUGACGACGAGGCCGCCCAGAGCCAGCACCAGCGCGAGCUCGAGGCUGAGGCCGCCGGUCUGCCGUUCUCUUCUAGCAACGCUGCCGACGAGUCAUCGAAGAAGAAGAACGCCCAGUCCAAGAAGCUGGCUGCCAAGAAGCGCAAGGAGGAGGAGGAACUCGAGCGCCAGAAGAUGAUGAUGAGCCGGAAGAAGCGCAAGCUGCUCGAGAAGAUGAUGUACUCGAACAAGAAGCAGUCUGACGAGGCCGCCAAGCUGCGCUCCAAGCGCCGCAAGCUCGAAAAGUCUGCUCCUGCUCAGAAGUAA